UUUUCAGUUGCUGCUAGUUGGUGAAUUGACAAUUUGAUUUCAGUGAUUCAUGGAAUACAUGAUAAGUCUCAGUGAUGAGGUCCUUUAAUAUGGAGCAGAAAUGGGUGUUUCCUUUCAUUUUGAUUUCAGUUGGGUGCAUAUUCUUUGCAGCCACAUCCUUCAACGUGAGACUUGUCUCUACAAUUCACAAUUUCAAUUCUAUAUUCUUCUUUCUCCCAUCACGUUUAGCCACAAACCAAACUGCUCCAAUUUUUGUGGAGGCAAAGAUUUCUGCCUCUGCUACUGCUCCAGCUCCUGUUGUGUCUUCAAUACCUCGAUUCGCUUAUCUGAUUUCUGGAUCAAAAGGUGAUAUGGAGAAGCUUUGGAGAAUUCUUCUUGCCCUUUACCAUCCACUAAACCAUUAUGUUGUUCAUUUGGACCUUGAAUCACCUUUAGAGGAAAGGUUGGAACUAGCUUCUAGAAUAGAGAAACAGCCUGUGUUCACUGAGGUUGGAAAUGUUUUCAUUAUUCACAAAGCUAAUAUGGUCACUUAUAGAGGACCAACCAUGGUUGCUAAUACUCUUCAUGCUUGUGCCAUUCUGCUCAAGAGAACUAAAGACUGGGAUUGGUUUAUUAACCUUAGUGCUUCAGAUUAUCCUCUAGUGACUCAGGAUGAUCUUCUAUAUACUUUUUCAGAUUUAGACAGAAGCCUUAACUUCAUUGAGCACACAAGUCGUUUAGGAUGGAAGCUGGACAAACGAGCAAUGCCUUUAAUUGUAGAUCCCGGGCUUUACUUGUCAAACAAAUCUGAUGUAUUUUUGGUUGGUCCUAAGAGAACUUUGCCAACAGCAUUUAAACUAUUCACUGGUUCAGCAUGGAUGAUUUUAUCGCGUGCAUUUGUAGAAUAUGUUGUGUGGGGUUGGGACAAUCUACCAAGGACCCUUCUUAUGUACUACACUAAUUUCAUUUCCUCCCCAGAAGGCUACUUCCAAACUGUUGUAUGCAAUGCGCCAGAACUAGCUAGAACAGUUGUCAACAGUGACUUGCAUUAUAUUUCAUGGGACAUUCCUCCAAAACAACAUCCUCAUGUGCUUAACAUCAAUGACACAAACAAGAUGAUUACAAGCAGCUCUGCCUUUGCAAGGAAAUUUAAGCAAGAUGAUCCUGUCUUGGAUGUGAUUGAUAAACAUUUACUGCAUAGGGAAAAGGAACAACUAUUCACCCCAGGUGCUUGGUGCUCUGGCAAUCCUAAAUGUUCCAAAGUGGGGAACAUUUACAAGAUCACACCUGGUCCUGGAUCUCAAAGGCUUCGUGUCCUUGUAGCUAGGCUAACUUUGAUGGCUAAAUUCGGUCAGAAUCAGUGUAAAUAG